CGCGCGCACGCGCAGCUGUCAUGUGAGGAAGAUGAGUGAUACCGUGGUAGCAGAGGGAGCCGCAAAAAUCAGAGACGGCAAAAAAUGGAGGAGCCGCUGGCUGGUUCUGCGCAAACCCUCACCGGUCGCAGAUUGUUUGGUGCUGUACGUGUAUAAGGAGCGCGGUGUGAAGGACAGGAGCAGCGUGACGCUGGAGCACAUCUGCGGUCUGGAGACGUGUGUCAGCGCUGACGGCGUUCCCUUCAUCCUCUCAAUCCUGUGUCUCAGUCAAACCGCCGUGCUCGGCUUCGACAGCAGGGAGGCGCUGCAGAGCUGGGACCUGCGACUGCGCUACUGCCUCGGGGAAGUCCACAGUUUCAGCGUCUCCGUGCUGCCCGGCACUAAAUUGGAAAGCGGAGCGGCGACUCUGCAUUUAUGCAACAAUGUCCUGGUCAUCGCUAAAGACCUGCCGGCCGUCAUCAUUGGCCACUGGGAUCUGCUGGACCUGCGGCGAUACGGGCCGGUCAACAACGGCUUUGUGUUUGAGGGAGGAACACGCUGUGGUUACUGGGCUGGCGUGUUCUUCUUGUCUUGUGCCGAGGGCGAGCAUAUCAGUUUUCUGUUUGACUGUAUUGUUCGUGGCAUUUCCCCGUCCAGAGGCCCUUUUGGACUGAAGCCACUGCUGCCAGAGCCCAGUGUCAAUGCAGCUUUAGUGCAGGACAGACUAAACCAUGAAGCGGAGGAGUUGGAACGGAGGCUCAGUCUGCUGUCUCACAGCACAGCUUCCAGCUCCCGGUUCGGCUCUUUGAUGACAGGAGAUGACUGCAGCAUAUCUGGUUCAUCUGACACCUCGGACACAGAUUGCAGCAUUAGCGGUCGCCCUGCGCCGUGGACCGAUCUGGUUCUGCCCAGCUCUGCAGAAACGCCUCACCCGCAAGCAUCUCAGGUCGAGGAGAAACUCUCCGCUGGACUCCAGGUCCCGACUGAUCCCGUUCGCUCAAGGAAGCUAAAAGAAACCGGCCGACAGAACUCAUCCGACAGCGGCAUUGCGACGGGAAGCCACUCGUCUUACACGGGAAGCUUCUCUUCCUACAGUGGCAGUCUGGAUGCUGCCGGUCCGGAGGAGGAAUACGGCACACCGUUCAACCUGCCACCACCUGCUAUCCCAGAGAAACACCUGUGCACGUGCAAACAUGAGUACCAGAUUCCCUCUUCGCUACGAUACCUUUAUGACUCUCCCCGCAGGCUGCUGGAGAUCACGAGAGCUCCAGAGGACAACAGAGACAGUAGCAGAUCUCAAAAUGAGACUGGACUUUUAGAGCCAUUUGUCCAGAAACAGUCUGAAGAAAGUUCAGAAUCUCCCGGCCAAUCAGAUUCUGGCUCAGCUCUGAUUCAUUCUCUGGAGCUUGGUAAAAGGGAGGAGUCAAAGACAAAGGAAGGCUUAAUAAAAGAGGAGGAGUCUCAGGGAUUUUUUUGUAAUAAAAGCUGCUGUGAUUGUGCAAAAUGUUCACUUCCUCCUGCCGGGUCUAAAUCGCUCUUCACUACCUGCCCCAUCUGCAGAGGACUCAAGGGCACAUUUCUUCCUCAUCCUGGAGGGACUCUACUGCCCACUGUGCCAACAGGUGAAUAUUCAGCCACUCCCACUGGACCAGCCACCAAUCAGGAGCCAGUGGAGAUCAGCGAGUUAUCUUUGACCAAUCAGGAUCCAUGGAAGCCCUUAUCUAAACAUUCACAGACCAAUGAGGAGGAGCGAUCUGAGGGAUACAUCUCCUGUCUGUCUGAUCUCCUGGCACACUACAAUCCUGCUGGGAAAUCAGUCAGUAGCAGCGUUUAUGAGGCAAUGUCAUCAUCCAGACGCCCCGUUUACACAGUACACACUGUCCUCUAUGAGAACUGCCUCCAGUGCAGGAAAGGAGAGGGAAACUGCCGGCUGCUUAGACUCACGCCUCCAUCCAGACUCUCAAUUUUUGUCCAGGAUCAGAGCAGAGAACUGAGUAGAAACAAUUCGAACAUCCCGGAGUCGGUCUGCUCUUCCAUCGAGUAUCCCAGUAGGCCAGUGUCUCUGCAACGAAUACCUGAAGAAGAUAACAAAGAGAGAAUCUGGGGAGAAAAAGGAAGAACAGAUCCUGCCUAUGAAAUUAUGGAUGGUCGAACAACAGAGAGGAGCCCAGAGUUGGAGAAGGGGAGCAGGUUUGAGAUCAUAGACAGCUGUGCUGCUUCUCAAAGGGUUUCUCAUCAUCUCACUGAAGGUGGAGUGUUUGCGUUUGCAGUGGACGGAUCAGUGAUGACAGACAGGCUCAGAGGAGACGCAGUAACAUACGUGAAUAUUCCCACCAGCCCCAUGUCCAAAAAACAGCUGCAUUACAUGGAACUAGAGUUGCAGGAGUCCAGCACGACCAUCAGAGGGAAAAGCUCCAGUAAAUACGCUCAGAUUGACAUCGCAGCGACCGAGGCGGCUCACAGAGCAGGUACCCAGCAUGCAUUGGGGCGAGAGGAAGGGCUUCAGAGACUGGAGCAGCAGAGGAGAAGACGAGGACUGAAAGAGGACUGAACUGAGAGACA